GUUUUUUGUGGCAAUUGUGAGGGAAAUACACAAUUUAUUCCCAUAAACUGUGUAGUCUUCUGUUAAUUCUCCCUCCCACCGUGUGAAUUGUGAACGCAAGCAGAUAAAUGAUCCAGAUGCUGCUUUGUGGAUGGUUGGUUAUGCAGUUCCAGCUGGAUUGUGCUUUUUGAUUUGUUGUGAACAACAAAUAACAGAGUCAUUAUUAUGGAGGAGAACGGCUGAUCUUCAUGUGCUUGUUUCCUCUACAUUUGGGCUCAUUCUGGGCUGGAAACUUUAUAAGGAGGGAAUUACAGACAUUUUCCAGCAAGAGGAAGGAAGGGAAUGUUGUGGACUCCUGCUGACGGUUUUCUGGCUGCUGCUCUGCAGACAUUCAGGAAGGACUUCUGUCGGCUCCGUGAGGAUCUGCACUGCUGUGGGAAUCACUGUGUUUCCCUUCAUCACAUGGAUCUAUUACUACAUGAACACAGAGCUGAGGAAACACUGGCCUGAACACUGUACAACUGCUCUCUGAUCAGACAAA